AUGGAGCAGGGCAUCUCCGUAGCCAUUGGUUUGUUCUCAUUUAGGGAAGCCGCAUUACUUUGUUCGGCCAUGGGGCAGCAGCUUGUGCUUGCAAGUGUCUUGAUGACGGCUUCGGCCUUGGAUGUGAUUGUGGUCGGGGCCGGGAUGGGCGGCCUGAGUGCAGCAAAGAAGCUCCAAGACAACGGCCACAGUGUCACCCUUUUGGAGGGAAGAGAUCGCAUCGGUGGCCGUACGUGGACGAGCCAUGAAUUGGGCUUCCCCACUGACCUUGGCGCCAGCUGGAUUCAUGGGGCAAGUGCUCAAAACCCUUUGACACCCUUUGUGACUGAAUUUGGCAUUGCCACAGUAGAUGAUCCAGAUGAGCAGAAUUGUCGAUAUGACAAGGACGGUUACAAGUACGGAGCAGGGGAGCUUGCUAACUAUGAAAGCUAUUGCUGGGGCGCUGAGUCGUCAGGGUAUGGUUCCACCACGGGCACUUUGGAGAGUGUUUUGAGGGGCUAUGAUCCGGCUUUUUUCAGCACCGUGGAGGGGGAGAUGUGUUUGGCUACCCGAGAUUUCAAUCAAGGCUCGACAAUUGACAAAAUCAGCGUUGCGAACAUACCAUACAGCGAGAUCAGGGAAACUGGUGGACCAGAACUCAUUUUCCUUGACGGCUACAACACCUUGACUGACAACUUGACCGCUCAAUUUCAAGCUGCAGGCGGCACAGUUGUGACGAGCGCCACAGUGACCCAGGUCAACUACUGUAUGGGUUUCAGCCAGGGAGGAGAGCGCCCUUCCUGCAACGCGAGUGUGAAAACUGUCCAAACCGGUGGCUCGACAAUGGCCGACUAUACCGCUGAUGCUGUAGUUGUGGCUGUGCCUUUGGGUGUGCUGCAAGCCAAUGCAGUGACAUUCUCCCCAUCACUUCCUGCCUCGUACACUGCUGCCAUAGCACGGAUGCAGUUUGGUGUUGUGAACAAAGCCGUGGCAGUUUUCGACACUGACUUUUGGUCUGCUGGGUGCAACAACGAACUCAUGCUUGCCAUCAACAAGCAGAAUGCCACCAUUGACUCUCGGGGAAUGUUCCCGUACUUCAUGAACACCAAUCGUGUGUGGCCAGGAAAGAAUGCUUUGCUGGGCUUUGCAGUUGGGAGGUAUGCCAUUGCUUCUGAACAGAAGACAGAUGCAGAAGUGCAGGCCGAUUUCAUGUCCAGAAUCCGUCAGCAAUUUCCAAGUGCUCCCAACCCGACACGAUUCAUUCGAUCAAAGUGGGGCUCGGACCCAUUUGCAAAGGGAAGUUAUACCACGGAUGCAGGCAUCAACAUGGAAAUGAACGAGUUGCGGCUUCUCAGUCAGGCAGUUAGUGCUUCACUCACAUUUGCAGGAGAGCACACCAGCCCGGUGUGGGCGGCCACGGUUCAUGGAGCAUAUCAGUCUGGCCAACGCGCCGCUGAUGACAUUCUGAACGGUGCGUCAGCUUCUGCAAGUGCUGACUCUAGACACCCUUGUUUUUUCUUGUUGGUCCUUGUUGCUGUUUCCCAGGCACUAUAA